GCGAGCGACGGCAACGGUCGGGGCGGCGCCGGCUAACUACGGGGAGUCUACUUGAGCUACUACCGAGCCUCUCUCCGACGAGGAGCUCGCCAAUUGUUCCGCGUCAUAUCGCCAGCUCUACGGCAUCGCAAAGUUCAUUGAUCGCAAGAUGAACGAUUAUGAGCAGCUCCUCAUCGACCAGUACGUCAAACAGGGCUACGCCGAGGAGGAGACCGAGGCCACCGACGACGACGACGACGACGAGUAGCCUUGCAAUUAAUUGUUGCUCGUUAUUGGAACAGUACUAGUAGUAUUCUUGCGCAAAUGAUUGAUUACUUAAUUUUUCCAUAAUCUGCUUUGUUUUAUGUUCGGUUUCUGUCGAUUCUCAAUUCCCGGUCUGUGUUCGUCUCCACAGAAAUCCAGCAUCUGCUGCAUAUUAUGUCUGUUUUUGCUCAUCUAUUAGUACGUAAGAGUUGUCAAGUUGCAGUUAUGGUGAUAUAUCUCUUCUUUUUACAUCAAAAUCUUCCUCUUUUCAUUGGUUACCACCUCUCAUGUCUCCUAUGUCGAUCUAAACAUUUCUCUGUUGGCUUUCAACAUGAAUUUGUUUUCCUUUGCACGGCACCCAAAGCCACGGGCUUCGUUAUUUUCUCCACUCACUACUUGUUCGUUUAGCAAUUUGUUGUUGAUUCGUGGUAACAAGGAGAGUUUGUGAAUUGUUGCAUGCGCUGGACUAAAUUAUGGACAGUGCUCAAUUCAGUAUUCAGCGCUAACAAGGAACCAACCUGAUGGACCGACCUUCCUCUUAUUUUCUUGGAUAAUUCAACUGUGACGAUGACCUCUCUGUAGAUUCUUUUAAUUUUCAUCAUUGGAUAAUUCAACCGUGGUGAUAGAUUUUCAUCGGAGAAUUAAACUGUGGUGGUGAUCUUCAGCUGUAAAUUUCAAAGUCAAACAGGCAGAAUUUUCAGACACAUUUGUUGGAAUGGAGUAUAUAUUUGUUGGAGCUGAGCAGAGGCAGCAAUGGGGGGAGAGGUGGUGCGUCACUGGAACGCUGACGUGAACGGCAUCUCCCUCCACGUCGCCGAGCAGGGCCCCGCCGACGGCCCGCCGGUGCUCCUCAUCCAUGGCUUCCCGGAGCUCUGGCUGUCGUGGCGCCACCAGAUGGCCGCCCUCGCCGCCCGCGGCUUCCGCGCCCUCGCCCCCGACCUCCGCGGCUACGGCGACUCCACCGUCCCCGACGACCCCGCCGCCUACACCGUCUUCCACAUCGUCGGAGACCUCGUCGCCCUCCUCGAUCACCUCGCCCUCCCCAAGGUGAUGGUGGUGGGGCACGACUUGGGAGCUCAGGUGGCGUGGCAUCUCUGCCUCUUCCGCCCGGACAUGCUGCUCGCCGUCGUCAACCUCGGCGUCCCCUUCUUCCCCCGGGGGCCUAGCUCGCUCUCGGAGGCAUUCGCAGGGCGCGAUGGCCUCUACAUCAUGCAGUUCCAGGAACCAGGGAGAGCUGAAAGAGCAUUUGCCCGUUAUGAUGUUGCAACUGUCCUGAAAAAGUUCUUCUCCAUUGAAAUCGAUGACCUCACCGCACCCCCUGGAGUGGAGAUCAUAGACUUUCUUGAGGCACGUUCGACACCGCUUCCAUGGAUCUCCGAGGAAGAACUUGGCCAGUACGCGGAAAAGUUUCAGAAGUCUGGGUUCACAGGACCCAUCAACUACUACCGCAUGAUGGACACGAAUUGGAGGCUUACUGCACCCUGGCAAAACGCGAAAAUUAUGGUGCCUACAAAGUUCAUUUGUGGUGACAAGGACACUGGUCUCAAGUCCUUUGGAACUGAGCACUUUGUCAAGAGCGGUGCUUUCAAGUCCGUCGUUCCAAAUCUUGAGGUUGUCAUCAUUGAAGGUCACCAUUUCAUCCAGCAAGAGCAGGCCGAGAGAGUGAAUUCGGAGAUAUUGUCCUACUUCGAUAAGUUCACUGGUGAGAAGGCAUGAACACUCUGUUCACCCAAACCAUGCACCAGAAGAUAAAUUAUAUGAUAUACUGUAGGAUGCUUUGAGAUUUCUAGGAGCUCUUCUCUCUUUGUUUUUUUCCUGAACUGAAAAUGGUGGAGCUCAAAAUACCCUGCCCUGUACUUGAAUAAAUGUUAGAGCUAGCCAUUUGCUGCCUUGGAUAAAUAAUGUAUAGGUUGUUGUUAAGUCCUAUAAUAUAUUUUACAAUUCAUAUGCUUCAAGUUUUGUUCUCCAAGUUAAUCCUCCGAUCCAUGGCAGAAGAAGCGAGGAACCUGACGAUUGUAAAAAUGUAUGAUCCAUUGGGUCAAAGCUUGCAACGUAGUAAUGCAGAUAGUCAGUAACCAGUGGAAUACUGAAACAGUUCGUCCAUGCUCUUGCUUUUAUGGGUUUGCUGGAUUCAUGAAAUCAGAGGGUGACUAGAGUGUGCAAGAUAUCUCCUAUACAAUUAUCUGAAGUUGUCUGGUGUGCAGUUCAUGCAUGGCUCCAAUCUUCUGUACGAUGAAUACAUGUAACUUCAUUUCUUUUUGAGAAGAUGAACACUUGUAACUUUGAAGUUUGCCAUGUGAUUAUGAUUAUCUACAGAUCA